AUGCUCAACCUUCCAACUGAGCUAAUACAGCUUUUGGAUGACGGCCCGUCGUCAUUGGUUAAUCUAGCACUAGUCAACAGAUAUUACAAUUGUAUAGUCACGCCUAUCUUGUACGGGAAAGUUACUCUUGAGGGACUUCCUAAAAUACUGGCGUUUGCCGACACGAUGCUUAAUGGAAGGACCCAACUGUGCGAAUACAGCAAGUUCCUUUCCAUAUGUCAUUAUCCUCACUCCUUUCGCGACGAGUCAGGGGAUCUCAAACUGACUGUAAAGAAACUUUUGAUGCACCUCCCAAAUCUUAAAACGCUCUUUCUAAAACUCCGUCGCGCCUCGAUCCGAUAUGUACUAGAAAAUCCGCAUUUUCCGUUCGAGCUGCAAAACCUUAGUAUGAUACCUCCCAGGGAUACACUUUUCGUUGACUUUCUGAAAACACAACCUAGCAUUGAGAAUAUCACGCUACUGAUUGACCAUGAAAGACCUUUCUGUCUUAGGCCCAAGUGGACUGAGGUAUCCAUCCCGCUAGAGCGACACAUACUACCCAACCUGAAAACGAUCAACUCAGACGAAGCGGACAUCUGCUUCCUCUCCCCCAGUCGUCCUGUCGCUAGCGUGAUUAUCAAAGGGCAUUCUAGAAACCUCGGAACUCAUGCAGAGUUAGCAAAAUCAUCAGCGCCACUCGGAUACCUAUCAGAAUGCAUUCGGGUAUGGAAUCAUCCUUGGGAGGAUAGAAUUGUGUCCCACUGCUUUCCUAGCCUUGAAUUUGCUCGGGAAUCUUUGAAAGAGUAUUCACUUGGUAUAUUUGUUUGUGGUAUCAGCAUCAAACUCAACCCGUCAAAUCCGGGACUCCUUCUGACGGCAGAAGACAUAGCCCGUGGAUUGCGGAGUAUACGGGAUUGUCUCUCUUCAUUUUCCAAGCUUCGGAAGUUUAGUUUACCACUUUCGUAUCGACACAUUGAUGACCUACCCCUUGACCUCUGCUGUAAUGUUCCAGGGUUAUCUCGGUUUGAUUGGUGGCAUGAACUCUGCCCUUCAUUGGAGGAGAUCACGGUGUUUAGGGUCACUCUUAAAAAGUAG